AUGUCUAAAGAAAAACUUCUCGACAAAAGUAUUGAACCGCUAAGUCCCGACGUAACCCUUCGUCUUCGGCAACAGCAGGGGUCAGUAAACAUUGCUGGCUUCAGCUUUCCUAUCGCAAAUGAGGAAACCGUAGAGAAAUUGGAACAGGCAGUACGUAGCAACUGGCUUGUGCGCCAGGCGUACGUGAAUCUGUUACGUUCUCAGAUGCCACAUAAAUCGGAUGCACACCGAAUUUACGACAUUGUGUCGAACAAAAUUUUUACCUACCAGGCGCUACAGAAUUAUUACUUGACGGCCGAUCGACAACCCUACUUCAAGCAAGCCAGCCGCAAGGCGAUGGUGAACUACGAAAUUUUUCAAGGAUGCAUGCUGGAAGCAUGGUCCGACAUGGGAGUUGAUAGCUGCGCCCUGAAGAAUGCGCUGCGUGCUGUGGUGAUGGUAAUUAGCCGAAAAAUGCGGAAUACAGUUGGCAGCACUAUCCGCCGAUAUUGAAAGCAACCAUGAACAGUAAA